UAUACCCGGAAAGAUAACACGACCAACUGGUAUCGUUUUAAUUUUUGUAUUAAUAGUAAAUACAUAUCGUUUUCAAAUUGUCUGGGUUUGUAAGGUAACAAAUGAGAAAGAUGACUCUCCCUGUUUACUUUAAUUCUCAAAUAUCUGCAAUAAUGGAUGUUUUAGCCAAGGCAGCCGUCGCUGAAAUAACCAAACUUGUGGAGGAAGGCACCGUCGUGUUAAGAUUGGAAAUGCGUCGAAGAGACGGUGAAAUAGAGGACCUCAAAAGAAGCCUAAUAAUGGAAAGAGAGCUCAGGAAAGAUCAAGCGGCUGCUGCGCGUGUGACAAGUCACAGGUUACAUGCUGUAGGGAUUCAGGUUGGCAGUCCCGUAAAAGAUAUUCAAGAGAAACAGACAACACAUUACUCACACGUGGACUCAGACCAGCACCUUGAGCACUGUGGACUGGGACCUUUGGUGAAAUCAGAGCCAGUAGAAGAGCUCACACCCCAAGCAGACCCAGGGCAUGACACCGGGGAACUGACUAGUAACUUUGAAAUAGAAGGGAGAGACGACCAGCUCUGGCAUUCUGAUUCUCACGGAGUCUGUGGGACAGACUUGGUUGACCCAGAGAUAUCUAGUACAAUAGAAAAAUGUUUGCAGAUGUUUUCUCAAACAGAUCAAUAUCCAUCUCACAGUAAUAUUACAGAAAUGCCUUGUAGUUUUUCAUCCACUGCAAGCAAAUCGCUCGAUGAAGCAUUUGAUCCAGUUGCCAUUAAGGUGGAGCCAGACACACAGCCUUCAGCAUGCAUGGGGGAUGUUAUGUUGGUGUCCAUUCAACCUAGGCAGGGACAGUGUGGAAAUGUUGCACACACUGUGGCCAGUGAGAACCUGACUUUGCCAGCAAUACUGCAGCAUCCGGGGGUUCCACAAGCAGAGAGAGGGACUGAAGGCAUGCCAGGGCCUAACACUGCAUACAACCCUGAACAUUAUGUGAAUAGAAACCGUUUUAGAGCUAAAAGAAUGGUAAAUGUCUGGAAAAAUGGACUUGCCCAAAAAAUGUUCCUCUGUUCAAUUUGUGGUAAAGGCUUCCCCCGCUUCGGCCAGCUGGAAGCUCACCAGCUCAGCCACUCUGGAAUCAAACCAUACAGAUGUUUAGAGUGUGGCAAAUGUUUUACUCAGAAAAAGAGAUUAAAGACACAUCAAAGUGUCCACACGGGUGAGAGACCCUUUAGUUGCAAAAUUUGUGGAAAGAUGUUCUCAAGACAGGACAACUGUAUAAGGCAUGAGAGAUUUCACAGUGGAUUAAAACCACACUCUUGUGUUCAGUGUGGAAAACAUUUUACUUCUCUAAGCAACCUCAAAGUGCAUCAUCAGCAAGUUCAUACUUGAAGUAGAAAUCCAACUGAAUUAUUAAAAAAUAAAAACAUUACUUGACAAUCAAGAAAUGGCCGAGUAGGCCUGUAGCCAGUUUUGCCCAGAUGCCCUUAACACCCAAACACCUAUGACGAUUCUAUAUCUAGGUUUGUGCAAGCAAUGUUACUGUAAUGACUGAAUGUUAUGUCUUUAGAGAACGUUUUUUAACGGGCCAUUUUGUCUUUACAUAUAAAUAUACCCGUUUUUAUGUGAAUAAAAAUCACAAAUUAU